UCACCGAUCCGUUUUUUAAACCAUUGCUUUAAACAAUGGAAUAUAGGGAGAUUAAUUAGGAACAAGUCGUCUUGGACGCGUGUUUGACCCGCUGACAAGGAUAUAAGAAAACUCUACACAAAAAUUUCAUUUAACUCGGCCGUUUCUUCGUGGAAUAUAGGGAGAUUAAUUAGGAACAAGUAGUCUUGGACGCGUGUUUGACAAGGAUAUAAGAAAACUCUACACAAAAAUUUCAUUUCACUCGGCCGUUUCUUCGUUUGCAUAUCAAGUCAACCCCAACGUUUUGGAGAUCAUGACUCCUGCAGUUAUGGCACCCCUGACUGCCCUUCUUUUCUUCUCCUCUCUUCCUUUCCUUAGCCUUCCUCGAGUGUCAUCCCAGUUAAACAAAAACAUCACUCUCGGAACAUCCCUUCUCUCUUCCUCUUCAAAUGAUUCAUAUAGGGUCUCCCCUUCAGGAGAAUUUGCAUUUGGGUUUUACUCGAUUGAUCGCGACCAAUUCCUCAUCGGAAUCUGGUUUGCUGCAAUCUCAGAAAAAACGUUAGUUUGGUCGGCAAACAGAGAUCAACCGGUGCAAGAUGGUUCGAUAAUUCAGUUCACGCUUGAUGGUAAGUUGGGUUUCACCGAUUCUCAUGGCCAACAAAGUUGGAUAUACAAUGGAACUGAUGCUGCAACUUCAGCUUCCAUACUCGACACUGGCAGUUUUGUAUUGUUGAACUCUCGCUCUAGUAUCGUGUGGCAAAGUUUCGAUCACCCAACUGAUACUCUGUUACCUGGGCAAAGCAUAAGCGAAGGUACAAAUCUGGCUUCUAGUCGUCUGGAAAGAGAUUACAGAACUGGUAGAUACUUGUUAGGUUUUCAAACAGAUGGCAAUCUCGUUCUAUACCAGAAAUAUCGUCAAAAUUUGGUCCCCAAUGUGGCAUAUUAUGCAAGUGGAACAGAUGGAGCUAAUUCUCCACUAACCUUUGUUUUCAAUCGUACUGGAAAUCUUUAUCUUAUCAACUCAACAAAUCAGAUAAUCUCCACCAUUUCUUCAAAUAUUGUAAACCCAGUAGAGGAUUAUUACCAACGAGCUACUUUAGACUUUGAUGGGUUUUUCCGGCAGUAUUCUCUUCUGAAAAAUCCCAAUAAUGGAGAAUCUUGGACUAGGGUUUCAACAAUUCCCGGUGAUAAAGAUGCUUGUAGUGUGCCAGGCAUCUGCGGUCUUAAUGGCUAUUGUGUUUUGAACCAAGAUGAGAAGGUCGAGUGUCGUUGCCCACAUGAAAGUUUUUCUUUUAUUGAUCCGAAUUAUACUUAUGCUGGCUGUAAAAAUGACUUCAGUAUAGGAUGUGAUGCUUAUAGUGAAUUAGACUAUUCAUUUUCUAGGUUGGACAACAUUGAUUGGCCUUACGGGGACUAUGAACGGCUAGAUAGUGACAUGGAUGUGGAGAAAUGCAUGGAGGCUUGUAAGGCUGAUUGUUGGUGUGAUGCUGCAAUUUACAGGACCCAAAAGUGCUGGAAGAAGAGGAUGCCCUUAACUGAUGGCCGUGAGGAUGGCACACUUGGGGGAACUGCUCUUAUCAAAAUUCGAGAGAGGAGUCCAGCAAAGAAGGAGGAAAAAGAAGGCAAAAACUUAUUCGUCGUGGGGGGGUUUCUCAUAAGCGCCUCUGCAUUUCUUUUCCUACUGACCAUGGUUGUUAUUGCUUACAGUGUUCGGAGAAGAAGAGCAUUUAUUAGGAUCCCAACCACUAUAGAGAACGUGGAGACUAAUCUGAUACCGUUCAAAUAUUCACAAUUGCAAGCAGCCACAGAUGGGUUCAAGGAGCGUCUUGGGAAUGGAUCAUUUGGGAGUGUUUAUAAGGGGGUUAUUGAAUUGGGCGAUCUUCUUGAAAUUGCAGUAAAACGGUUGGAUAAGAUUGUGGAGAGAGGUGAGAAGGAGUUUAGAACCGAAUUGAGUGUCAUCGGCCGGACACAUCACAAGAAUUUGGUCCGGUUAGUGGGUUUUUGUGAUGAGGGAAAUCAAAGGCUUAUUGUCUAUGAAUUCAUGUCAAAUGGUUCUCUUGCAGAUUUCCUGUUUGGCUCCAUAAGGCCAACCUGGGGGGAAAGAACUCGACUAGCAUUUGGUAUAGCAAGAGGGAUCAUGUAUUUACACGAUGAGUGCGAAUCACCAAUUAUACACUGUGACAUAAAGCCUCAAAACAUUCUUCUCGAUAGGACCUACACCCCGAAGAUUGCAGAUUUUGGGCUGGCAAAGCUCUUGCAGAGCGACCAAACACGAACCGACACUGAUAUUCGAGGGACGAGGGGAUAUGUGGCUCCAGAGUGGUUCAGAAAUGUUCCGAUCUCCGCAAAAGUAGAUGUUUACAGCUUUGGUAUCAUGUUGCUUGAGAUAGUUUGCUGCAAAAGGAGGAUGGAUCUAAGUCAAGGCUUAGACAAGCAGGUGAUCUUAUCAGACUGGGUUUAUGAUUGUUUCUAUGAGGGCAUGGUACAUGAACUAGUAGAAGGAGAUGAAGAAGCUCUCGAUGAUGUAAACCAAGUUGAGAGAUUGGUUAAGGUAGGAUUGUGGUGUAUACAGCAAGACCCCUCUGUGAGGCCUUCCAUGAAGGCAGUGGUUCAGAUGAUAGAAGGGACCAUAGAAGUUGGGGUGCCACCCAGUUCCUCAAGCAUAUGGUCAUGACCAUGUUUGGUCAAGGGUUUUAGCUGAAAUGUCAGUCUCAGUUUUGCUUUUAUUUGUUGUAUAGUUUUGGAGAAUCAUUAAUACGGUGUGUAAGUUUGUUAUAUUUAGUGUAAGUUUUCUGUUUUACCAAUAAUUC